UUUUUACUUAAUAAAAAAAAAGGUGAGUAAAUUCCUACCCUAUAUAACUGCAAAUCCAACUACUGCCUAGGGUUUCCCAUUUCCUUCACCCUUACCUUCUUCAUCUUCGAUUCUAGGCCUUUACUUCCGUUUCUCACAAACAUAUAUAUCUAUGACACCAUAAAAGUUAUGGAUUUGGGAAGCGAGUGUUCUGCGCUUGAAUUGGUUGAGGAUAAUGAAGCCACUCAAAAAACAAUACCUCAUGUUGGUGAUGAUAAAAUGAAGAAUAAUCACGGUGAUGAUUGCGAGAGUAAAAAUAAUGGAUCGUGUGCAAUUGAUAAUCUGACUCAGAGGUCGGCCAUCGAUCAAACUGGCGAUUCCGAUGCUUUGACAGCUGGUAAUCAUGUAAAGGGUACUGCUGAGAUUGUACUGCCGAUGCAUUCACCACCUCUUGUAGCAGGUAAAUCCCCUGGUGGGUCAUCUCCUCCUACCACCAAAGGGUAUGGCUUGAAGAAAUGGAGGCGGAUCAAGAGAGACUUUGUUAAGGAUUCCACCACCUCAAUGGACAGCAGUAAAAUAUUGAAGCGAGGUUUGACCGGUUCUGCAAAUCCGGAUCCAAGUAAACCUCAACAGAGGGCAUCACCUGAGAUCAAGCAGAAUCGUGCAUCCCCUAUUGGACCUGUGAAUAUGUUGAACACAAGUGUUGCUCCUGGAUCCAUGUUUGCUGUUGGAGCUGCUUUUGCUUCUGCCACAGACUCUGAAAAUAGUGAGGACCGGAGUAGCAAGUCAUCAACAGCAGCCAGUAUGCCAAAGGUGAGAUACGACCUGCCUGCAGUUUUGGGGUACAUGCAUGAUAAAAACCAGAUGAAGAAUUUAGGUGGGAACAUUGUGGGUAAUUCAAGUCAUAGAGUUCAUCAGGGAAAGGGCCGUGCUGAAAGCAGUAAGAAGGCCAGAGGAGUAAGGGUCAAAAUCGAGAAGGAAAAUUCUCAUUCUAGUAUUGAAUCUGACUCAAGAAGCUCCAACUUUAUCUUUACGCAGCAUCCAAUUUCUGUGACAAGUAAUGGAAAGCAAAGUGGAAACCCCAUGAAUUAUGAUGGAGAAAAUAGUGAUGAAGCUCAUGAAGACGACCACCAGAUCAGUGAGGAAGUUCAAACUGUUUAUAGGAAAGAAAAUUCAGGUGAUAUCGAGGAACUUUCACCUGAAGAUUUAGCUGCAGAAUUAUCUUGGGAGGACAAAGAAGAAAAAAGUGGGAAUCACCGGCCUUCACCAGAUCAAGACCCAUUGGUCCAGUCUAUUCUUGCUCUCCAAUCUGUCCAGGAAGCCCUUGAAAAUGAAGUACAGAAGCUAGUAGAGAUAUGCAAGGAACCUGUACGUGAUGGUUCAGUUAACAUUAACAAUGUUCUUGUGGAUUCUACUUUUGCUGAUGAGGAAAUCCACGAAACUAGCUCCUCUGACCAAUUAGGUUCUGAAAAGAUCACAAAAAGUGCUUCAGGUUCCUUGGAAACUCAGGUAUUCACCUUAACACACAAAGUAAAAUAUUUGGAGAGCAAACUGGAGGAAGCAAGGUCCGUACUUCAGGUGAAGGAAUCUAAGAUUUCUGAACUGAAAACUAGUGUGAAGAGUAGCGGGUCAUGGAAGGAAGAAUCAAGAAGCAUUGCAGAGUCGCAACAAAAUGAAUAUAGAGAAAUGGAACUUGACCUUGAGGGCCUGUUUCAAAAGAAAAUGGAGGCUGAAAUUGAAUUUCUAGUUCUAACCUGGGAAAUAGAGAAGUUGAAAGUUUCAGUAGGCAAUCAAAUCACAGUAGUUGAAGAGCAAACAUCAUUGGUUGUGGAGCAAGAACAGAUGUUGAAUAAGCUUGGAGAGGUAGAAAGCAAGGCUGUAAUGCUAAAGAAACAAGCGGAGGAGUUGGAAAAAUAUCAUGGAGACAUCUUAGAUGUGGAAGAGGUUUUGCAGAUGCGCGGAAGAGUAUGCAAGGUUAUGUCAUGUUUUUUUACACAACUAGUAUUACUGGUUUUAGUGUUCUUAUUCCUUAUUUUGCAGUUGUCAAUCCAUUCAGGGGUGGUUGUCCCCACCUGAGUUAAGGAAAAUAGGCCCUUUCUUUUUUGUGAGUGUAUGUGUGUAUUCUACUGUCUAGGCAAUGAUCCAAAAUGUAAGAUUUCAUUGGUUAAAUACCACAACUUGAUUAAAAGUGGAAACCUUUUUCAUUUUUUAUUUGAGCUUCUCUUCUCGACA